AUGUCUUGGGCAGGUCCGGAAGACGUUUAUCUAACUACGUCUCUUGCGAGCUAUCUUGAUAAGAAACUACUUGUAUUGCUGCGGGAUGGUCGAAAGCUGAUGGGGAUACUUCGUUCCUUUGAUCAAUUUGCCAAUGCUGUUCUUGAAGGUGCAUGUGAGCGAGCUAUAGUUGGUGAUCUUUAUUGCGAUAUCCCGUUAGGCUUGUAUGUAAUACGUGGGGAGAACGUUGUUUUAAUUGGUGAGCUGGACUUGGAGAAGGAGGAACUUCCCCCACAAAUGACUCGUGUUUCAGCAUCAGAGAUAAAAAGGGCACAAAAAGCAGAAAGAGAGGCUACGGAUCUUAAAGGUUCUAUGAGGAAGAGGAUGGAGUUUCUUGAUAUGGACUGA